AUGAUGAUGUUUCGUGAGGCACUUGAAGCAAAUAACCUGUUUGAUAUGGGUUGUGUAAGGAAUUCUUUUACAUGGAGCAUUGGUCAUGAUGAUCAUACUUUCACAAAGGAGAGGAUUGACAGGUAUGUUGCAAAUAAAGAAUGGAGUGAGAGGUUCCAAACAACAGUUGUGGAAGGACUUGUUGUAAGGAGUUAUGACCAUAAACCUAUUCUAAUGACUACUAAAAAAGAAAGUAAAGGGAAGAGGAAAAGAAAGUUUGUCUCAAGCUGGUCAAAGGAAAAGGAAUGUGAGUUGAUGGCGAAAGAAGUUUGGGCAAGGAAGCAGCUGACACAUGAACCUCUCAAGGAAAUUCAGAAUCUAUUAAGCAGAUGCGUGGAGAAUUAG